AUGGCUUUCAUCAAGCAAUUGCUACUGAUGGCAGCAAUGUUGGUGCUGGUUGCUGCUCAAGAACUCGCCGAGUCACCAAACACCAAAUCGGUUGAUGAAGGUCGCCGAAGAAAGCGAUUCUACAAAUUCUUCUUUAAAGCCCUCGGUCCGAUCAUGUCCACCCUCACCACGGUGGUGCUGGUGAAGGCAAAGAUUGUGCUGGUGGCCCUUUUUUUUGCUGGAAUCUAUUUCUUUGGGCACAAAAUAUUUCCGGGUGGAUUUUUCGGUUCGUCGUUCAUUAGCGAAACACCGCCACCGUUCCUCGAAUCGGGCCCCUACACCAGCUAUCAUUCGACAGGCCAUGAGAUCAUCUCCAGCUAUCCCGGACCGGAACCAUACUCGAGCUUUGAGCCUCCGUCCAGCAGCUACGGUGCACCUUCGCCUACUUACGGACCACCUUCGAACGCUUAUCUCCCACCGACGGGCGAUACUUCCUCGUAUUCGUCGUACUCCAAGUAUUCCGGAACUCGGCGAAAGCGUGACGUGGAGGGUCGUCAGUCAACAGGCGAUAGCGAUCCUAAUGAAGAUGAUUUGGAAGAGAAUGAAAUGUACUGGACCGAUACUCUAACCGAUAUGACGUUCCGCUUUCUGGGAGUCAAUCAACGCGUCUGUCGAAAGCGAUUCGUGUGCGAGUUUGAUUUCCAAGCAAGAAGGAACCCGAUCCUUCUGUUCGUAACGCGUGCCAUUGGCCGGGAUGUGUUCCACAACUACCGUGAUGUUGGUGAUGAAAAGGCCAUCAGCUACAAAGACUGUGGCCGCAUCUACGAGGACUGUAAGGUUCCGAAGCGGAAAAAGUUCGUCCGUCGACCUGUUCGUCCUACGGUGGCACAACAGCAAUACCCCGCGCCAGAUGCGAACGGGUACGAUAAUAUGCAAGAGAAUGAAAUUGAUUCGACCGGAUCGCAGCUGGAAACCACAACGAUGCCCUCCAUUAGUCCAACCAGAAGCAAGCUGAUACUGCUGCCCAAGAACAGUAAUAAUCGCUUCCGAAGAAAUUAA